AUGACGGGCAAAGCCGGGGAAGCGCUGUGCAAGCCCAAAGCUGAGACAGUGGCCAAGAGCGCCUCGGGGGGCGCCCCGGCCAGGUGCACGGGGUUCGGCAUCCAGGAGAUCCUGGGCUUGAACAAGGAGCCGCCCAGCUCCCACCCACGGGCUGCCCUCGACGGCCUGGCCCCGGGGCACUUGCUGGCGGCGCGCUCGGUGCUCAGCCCCGCUGGAGUGGGCGGCAUGGGGCUGCUGGGGCCCGGGGGGCUCCCGGGUUUCUACGCGCAGCCCACCUUCCUGGAAGUGCUGUCCGACCCGCAGAGCGUCCACUUACAGUCGCUAGGCAGAGCGUCGGGGCCGCUGGACGCCAGCCAGACGGCCAGCUCGGAUUCCGAAGAUGUUUCUUCCAGUGACCGAAAAAUGUCCAAAUCGGCUUUAAACCAGACCAAGAAACGCAAGAAGCGGCGACACAGGACAAUCUUCACUUCCUACCAGCUAGAGGAGCUAGAAAAGGCAUUUAAUGAGGCCCACUACCCAGAUGUCUAUGCCCGGGAGAUGCUGGCCAUGAAGACGGAGCUGCCAGAGGACAGGAUACAGGUCUGGUUCCAGAACCGCAGAGCCAAGUGGAGGAAGCGAGAGAAGUGCUGGGGGAGGAGCAGCGUCAUGGCUGAGUACGGGCUCUACGGAGCCAUGGUGCGGCACUCCAUUCCCCUGCCCGAGUCCAUCCUCAAGUCGGCUAAGGAUGGCAUCAUGGACUCCUGUGCCCCAUGGCUACUGGUUCAAGAUGGCUUUCCCAGGCGCUUUUCUAAACCCGAAUACCAACAAUUCUUUUUAGGGAUGCACAAAAAGUCGCUGGAGGCAGCAGCUGAGUCAGGAAGGAAGCCAGAGGCGGAACGCCAGGCCCUGACCAAGCUGGACAAGCUGGAGCAGGAGGAGAGGGGCCCGGAUGCCCAGGCGGCCAUCUCCCAGGAGGAACUGAGGGAGAACAGCAUUGCAGCGCUCCGAGCCAAAGCUCAGGAACACAGCACCAAGGUGCUGGGGACUGUGUCAGGGUCUGACAACCCGGCCCGGAACGCGGAGAAGCCGGAGGAGGAGGAGGAAGCCAUGGACGAGGACAGGCCGGCAGAGAAGCUCAGUCCUGCGCAGAUGGAGGACAUGGUUUAGGUCAAGGAGUGCUGGCCCUGCAACCAAGACUCUGCUCCUCUCAGGGCCUGUGGUGGUGGAAGGUUCUCUCUGAGGCAGGGCCAGGUCUGGCCUCUGCCACCUGUCCCUACUCCUCAGGCCCUC